UUCGUGAUCUUAUUCAUGGCUUCUUCCUCUUCUUCAUCUUUGAAUCGCAAUUGGACGCACCAAGUCUUCCCGAGCUUCUGUGGAUUAGACGUCCGCAGAACCUUCCUCAGUCAUAUUAUGAAAUAGUUCAAAAGCAAGGGAAUCACACCCUUUAUUGAUAAUGAGAUAAAGCGAGGCCAAUCUAUCGGUCCUGAGCUAAUACUAGCGAUCAGAGAAUCAAGGGUUGCGAUUGUCUUGCUUUCGAGUAACUACGCUUCUUCGAGCUGGUGUUUGGAUGAACUAGUGGAAAUCAUAAAGUGCAAGGAAGAGAAUCAACAAACAGUGAUGACUAUUUUCUAUGAUGUUGAUCCAUCUGAUGUGAGGAAGCAGACAGGAGAUGUCGGAAAGGCCUUUGAGAAAACAUGUGUUGGGAAAACCAAAGAGGUGAAGCAGAGAUGGAGCCAAGCUCUUAAGGAUGUCGCAAGUAUAGCCGGUUACCACUCUCGCAAUUUGUUCUAUCACUUGCAUAUUUUGUAUCUUUCUUCUUGACUAACCAUUUUUUUAGUGGAGUCAUCUUUUUUUUUUUUGGACAAUGAAGCUGAUUUGAUCAACAAAA